CCCACCCCGCUUGCUCGGCGGCGGAGGCAGCAGUUGUCCCUGCCUCUCCGCCUACUCCACCUCGGCCUACCCACUGGCCGGCGGCGUUGGCGGGGAGGGGGAUGGUAGUUGUAGACGGCCGCCCCUGCCUCAGAGAAGAUACCACGUUGAAUGAGCAAUGACAACUUUUUACAGAUACCUUUUGUAAAAGGCUUAUAACGAAUAGUGCCAUAAUUUGAAUCACAGUGGAUUUCACAGUAUGAGGUGAAUGGGAGUGGAGUAUUGGACAAAAGAUAGAUUUUUUAAUCUCUGCAUCAUGGUUUUUAGCUCCUCAGUUGUUGCACAGUCUCACUAUUUGGGGAAAGUUCAUGCUAAAAAACUGAAGCAAUUAAUGGGUGAAUAUGAUCAAAUUUCUCCACCAAGUUCUCAACCUGAUAAGGAGAAUCCCUUGUCAACCUAAUGAAGCAUUCAAACAAGACAUCUGACUCUUUUCAAGAUGAACUUGCAGAUUAUAUCAAAGUGCAGAAAGCCAGAGGCUUAGAGCCGAAGACUUGUUUCAGAAAGAUGAGAGAGGAUUAUUUGGAAACCUGUGGAUACAAAGAAAAGGUUGAUUCUAGGUGUAGAAUGUUUGAUCAAAGACUCCCUUAUGAACCCAUCCAGACCUACCGAAGACCAUGCAAUAUUUCACAAGCAGUGGAGAAGCAGUUACCUCAGUGGCUACCAGCUCAUGACAGCAGGCUGAGACUGGACUCCCUGAGCUACUGUCAAUUCACCAGGGACUGUUUCUCAGGAAAACCAGUAGCCCUGAACUUUAGUCAACAAGAGUGUAACUGUAGCUCAUACAGUGUAGAAUCUGGAGUUUACAGGCACCUCUCCUUAGAAAACAGGACCAGUGCCCAUCAAGCUAGUUAUAAACAGAUACAUCAGAAGAGAAAAAGGCACCCAGAGGAAGGACAGGAAAAACCAGAAGAGGAGCAGCCCAAGCAUAAGAGGAAGAAAGCUUAUGAGGAAAUAGAUUUAGACAAACACAGGAGCAUCCAAAGAAACAAAACAGAAUUGGAAACAGUCAGAGUCAGUAAAGAAAAGCUUAAGAACCGAAAGGAGAAAAAAAGCCGAGAUGUAGCCUCUAAGAAAGAGGAACGUAAGCGUAGAAAAGAGAAAAAGGAACAACGGAAAGAAAGGACAGAAGAGGAGAUGCUUUGGGACCAGUCUAUCCUUGGAUUUUGAAGCUCUUGCAUUGGUUCUCCUGAGGUUAAACUGAAAAAAUAGUUGAGGAGCUUGGUUUUACAAUGUCCAUGUUCAUAUCGCUCUUUUCAUGUGAACAGGUACAAAGGCUAAGUGAACAGAAAACAUUUAGUGUACUUGCUCUCCAACAUGGAAAUUACUUUUCCUCUCUUCUAAAAUCAUUACUACAUUUUUCUUAUACAUAAUGUAAUUUCCCUUAAUGAGGGUGGCUCUGCUUUUAUUCAUCAAAUUGCUAUGAUGGUGGAAGUAUUUUUCCCUUGGGAGGUCAUUUAUUUUAAAUUGGAGGAUAAGUAGGCUUUACAGAAUCUAUUUCUUGAUUGGGUUUUAGUUUGGGAUGGAUGUUUUUAUAUUUUCUCUGUGAAGCAGUUUAGAUUGAUUUUUUUUUCCUUCGUUAGAUCUAACUUGCAGUAUAUUUUCUAGAUUGGAAAGUGGAAAAUGACAUACAUUAUAAUAAGCUUAAGUUACAUACAGUUUUAAACGUUUCAAGAAGUCUUGAUACAAAAUCAGUUUAUAUUCUGGAAAUGUUUAUAAUAUAAUAAAGUUCUAAUUUCUACAA